AUGCAUAAAUGUUGUCCUGGUCAACUCGUAUUUGUUGACGAGACUGCCAAAGGUGGCAGGAGUGUGCUCUGGAAAUAUGGCUGGUCACAGUGA